AUGUCUGACUACAAGCCAACUGAACACGAUGGUCUCCGCAAGGACGGCCAACCAGACCAGCGCGUCCAACAGGACAGCUUCGCCCACGGCAAAGUCGACCCCCACGAGGCCGGCAAGAAGGGCGGUCAGUCUUCUGGUGGCUCCGGUGGAAACAGCGGCAGCGGCACCGGUGGUGGCAGCGAGAACCCCCAGGGUGCUUCGAACCUCGGCGGCGAUGGACUCCGCAAGGACGGACAGCCGGACCAGCGCCUGAAGCAGAACAAUUAG